GCACCAUCCCGAAUCUUGCUUUCCUUCUUCCCCUCCUUUCGUUUGCCGAAUCCACUAUUCCGCGCUUCGACGCUUUUUCCAAUCUCGGCAACUUGCGCGCUAACCACUGUUUUUGACUCCCGUCACUGGGUCUCUACUCGGAUAUCAUCUCCUUCUUGGUUCCUACCCUUCUCGAUAUCUUUUAGGGCUCCAAUUUGAUACCUUUGUCUCCAAUUCGAGUUCGAGCUGCCGCUUCGAUUUCGGAACUGUUUCUGUGGACUGAUCGCGAUGCAGCCAGGUUUUGAUAUAAAUAAACUCCGCAGAGAAGCUCAGACACGUUGGUUGAAGCCUAUAGAAGUUCUUUUUAUCUUACAGAAUUAUGAAAGUUUCCAGCUUACUCAUAAGCCUCCUCUUAAGCCACCUAGUGGUUCUUUAUUCCUUUUCAAUAGAAGGGUACUUCGCAAUUUCCGUAAUGAUGGACAUUUGUGGCGGAAAAAGAGCAACGGAAGGACCCUUGCAGAAGCACAUGAGCGUCUUAAGGUUGCGAAUAUUGAAGUAUUGGCUUGUUACUAUGCUCGUGGGGAGCAAAAUCAAUGUUUUCAGAGGCGCGUCUAUUGGAUGCUGGACCCGACCUAUGAGCACAUUGUUUUUGUCCAUUAUAGAGAAGUGGCAGAGGGAACAUUUGUUGAACCAAUUUUCAGAUUCUCAACUGAAUCUUCUCCAACUUGCAAUCAGAGCAACGGUAUAACUGAUGCUCAAGUACAAGGCUUCCCUUCUCAAAUUAAUGACUUAAAUGAAGGAUGCCAAAAUUCUAGCAGUCCAGUAUCAGUGGAAGAAGUUAGUUCUGAGUUUGUUGCAGGAAAAACUGAGAGGCCCUACUUGGAUAGAAUGGAUAGAUCAGAAACUUAUAAUCAGCCAUUGCUGCCAGAUGUCAGUCAAGCACUAAGAAAGCUUGAAGAGCAGUUAAGUUUGGAUGAUGAUAAUGGUGGUGGUGGUGACAUCUAUUCCAAGGAGAAAUUACAUCCUAACUGCAAUCAGAAUCAGGAAUCAGAACAUUUAGGGCUUCUAAACUAUGAGACAAGGGACCUCUCACAGGAAACACUUGACAGUCUAUUUGAUCAAUUCAAACAUGAAGCAAGUGGUUAUGUUGAAGAGGCUGGACUGCAAGAUGGCUCUAGCACCAUCCAGAUCGUGAAGACUCCAGAGUGUUCGGGAUGGUCUCAUACCCUGCUAAAUUCUACCUCUGACCAAAAUUCUUUUAGAGGUGACUCUGGCUUGCCGACUCAUGGAAAAGAUAAAAACAUUCAUGGGCUGGAGACAGUGCUCUUAGAUGAAAAUGCUGUAUAUUCUUCUUCUGCCUUCUCAGGGAUAUGGCUGGAACAGAGUCCACUGAAAACUCCUCUUGCAACAGAUUCUGGUUUGCCAGUAGCACAAAAACCAUGGUUUAGCAUAUGUGAAAUCUCUCCAGAGUGGGCAUUUUCUUUUGAAAGUACAAAGGUUAUCAUUGUGGCAGACUUUCUUUGCAAUCCUUCAGGGCACUCAUGGGGCAUAUUAUUUGGGGACACUAAAGUUCCUCUAGAAAUUGUUCAGGAAGGUGUCUUCCGAUGUCUGACUCCCAAGCAUGAUACUGGAAAAGUCAAAUUGUGCAUUACAUCUGGCAAUGGGGAACCCUGCAGUGAUGUACGAGAAUUUGAAUUUCGUUCAAAGCCUGGUACCUCAAGUUUCAGUAGCACUUUACACAAAGCAGAUACAAUGAAGAGCACUGAGGAACUGUUGUUGCUAGUCAAAUUUGUAGAGAUACUUUUAUUGGGCCAUCAGAGUGCAUCUGUUCUUCAAGAAGGUGGUGUUGAAUCAUAUUUUGAUCCUUCCAGAAAAUUGAAAAUAAAUGAGGAUCGGUUCGGGGAAAUUGCUGAAUCUCUCCAAACUGGUAGAGAUACUCCAACAAACACAAUAGAUAGGAUUGUGCAAGAACUAUUAAAAGAUAAGUUGCAGCUGUGGCUAUCAUCUAAACGUGUGGGAAAUUCAGACCAAAUUUGUGUGUUGUCCAAGCAAGAGCAAUGCAUCAUACACAUGAUUUCUGGCUUGGGUUAUGACUGGGCCUUAAGCCCAAUUCUUAAUUCUGGCAUUGGCAUAAAUUUCCGUGAUCCAAAUGGGUGGACUGCGCUUCAUUGGGCUGCACAUUUUGGAAGGGAGGAAAUGGUUGCUGCACUUCUUGCUGCAGGUGCUUCAACUGGAGCUGUGACGGAUCCCACUUCACAAGAUCCAGUAGGCAAAACACCAGCUUCUCUUGCUGCUGCCAAUGGCCACAAAGGCCUUGCUGGAUAUCUUUCAGAAGCUGCACUAACCAACCAUCAUUUUUCUCUUGUAACGGGAAAAAGUGAGAUUUCCAAAGAGUCUGGUUCUGCGGAGGCAGGAGUGGAGACCAUAUCGCAGAAAAGUGCCCACUUACAAGGUGGUACAGAGGAUCAGCUUUCACUAAGAGAUUCCUUGGAAGCUGUCAGAAAUGCAGCUCAAGCUGCAGCACGAAUACAAUUUGCCUUCCGUGCUUAUUCUUUCAGGAAAAAACAUCAACAUGCUGCUACAAAUCAAGACAAGUAUGGUUUGUCUCCAGAAGAUAUACAUGGAAUUAAGUUUCAUAAAGCAGCUCUGUCUAUUCAAAAGAACUAUUGGUGUUGGAAGGGACGUAAAGAAUUUUUAACCUUACGUAAACAUGUUGUAAAGAUACAGGCUCGUGUAAGAGCUCAUCAGGCAAGAAAGAAGUAUGAGCUCCUUUUGACUGUUAGUAUCCUAGAAAAGAUAAUAUUGCGGUGGUCUAGGAGAGGAGUUGGCUUACGGGGGUAUCGGGCUGAAGCAGAAUCAAUCGAUGAAGAGGAAGAACCUGAUAUACUCGAGAUCUUCCGUAAGAAAAAAGUGUAUGCUGCUCUUGACGAAGCUGUCUCAAGGGUUCUAUCAUUGGUGGACUCCCCUAAAGCACAGCAGCAAUACCGCCGAAUGCUUGAAAGAUACAGCAAAGCUAAGGCAGAUUUGAGCAAAGUAGAAACAGCGACAGCCAGUGUCACAGAUGAUUGCGAGUCACCACAAAUUGAAGACUAUUUUGAUCAGUCUGCAUGGAACUAAUGAGCUUUUAGAAGUAAUAACCCUUAAAACUCCAUGAGAACCGGAUUUUAAAUAGAUAUUGUGAGUUUGUUAAUCUUGGUCUAAUUACAGGCUGAUGAGCAGUGUCUUAAGAUGUGUCAAGACUCACAGACAAUUGCAAGUUAAUAGAAAAUGAUGACUUCUGUAUGUUUACGUAAGACAAGGCGCCAACCAUAAGAGUGAUGGUUGCUUGUGAGAGGUUCGUUGCAUUCAGCUGCCUGUACAGAUAUCUCCAGUGGUGCAACAAUAAACCCUAUAUAUGUUUGGUGUAAAUUAAUGGUUAGUUUCUUAUAUCUGAUGUAAAUGCUGGUCUGUCAUGAGAUGGGACAGUUGCUUGUUAGAUAUUUUGUAACAGUAGCUGCCUGUAUGUGUUCUCAUUGUUGAUAAGCCCCAUGUUUUGCUUUUGACAAAAGUGUGGCUUUAUGUUAGUAAUGCAGGGCUUGGUUGCAAUUUAUUUCUGGCAUCUGCUCCCUUAGUUGAUUGUAAAAUAGAAGCAGUGUAUUGAAAGUUUUAUUGUGAUACA